CUGGCAGAACCAGAUUCCUCAAGAGUAAAGUAACCAGUUUGCUCUUCUACUGUAGUUAUACAUUGCAAGGAGUCAGCUUUUCAUACCACAGCUCUCCGAGAUGCACCCUCCAGAUGAUUAUUUAAGAACCAGGAAGAGCAGGCAUGCAGAAACUGUAACAGAAAGGCACUCAAGACACAUUACUUAAGCAAAUGGUCAAAAUCAUACUUUUCAGGAUACACUGAAGUUCACCCUUAGAAGUAGGAUUCCAGCACCGAAGAACAAAACAAAACAAAAAAGACGACUGCUACCAGCACAGAAUUAUAAGGAUUACAGUGACUUCAACUCACAAGGAAAGAAAGUCAGCCUGCUGUUCCUUGCACGACAGAAAAAAUGAAAGACCGCCUUCAAGAACUUAAACUGCGAGCAAAAGAACUGCAGCUAGCUGAAGAGAACAGCUGUGCGCCUGGGGUGAAGGAAGACGACCAAGUGGAGUUUGAACAGCAAGCUAUUAUUUAUGAGAAAGAGCCCAUAACUGAGAGGCACCUAAAUGAAAUCCAGAGACUUCAGGAUGAGAUUAGUAACUUGGCAGAGGAUGUUCAAAAGUUUGGUCAGCAGCAGAAAAACCUCAUGUCCUCAAUGAGAAGGUUCAGUGUUAUUAAAAAGGAGUCCAACAUUACAAGAGAAAUAAAAAUUCAAGCAGAGCACGUAAGUAAAUGCUUGGAUGAACUGUCAAAAACAGUGAAGAAGUCUGAAAGCGAACAAGGGCCAUCUUCCGCCAUUGCAAGAAUCCUUACAUCUCAGCAUGCAUUCCUUUUCCUGCGUUUCCAAAACACCAUGCUUUCAUACAAUGAUGCUAUAACAGCCAAGCAGGAGAAAUGCAAGACAUUCAUUGUCCGCCAGCUUGAUGUGGUUGGGAAAGAGGUCUCUGAGGAAGAAGUGAAUGAUAUGCUUCAACAAGGAAAAUGGGAGAUUUUCAAUGAAAAUCUGCUUACUGAAGUCAAAAUCACUAAAGCUCAACUAUCAGAGAUUGAACAAAGACACAAAGAAUUGAUCAAUCUGGAGAACCAUAUCAAAGACUUGAAGGAAUUUUUUAUCCAGAUCUCGCUUCUGGUGGAGGAACAAGGAGAAAUCAUCAACAACAUUGAAAUGGGUGUAAACAAUACUCAAGAUUAUGUUCAAACAUCAAGAGAAAAGUUUAGACUUGCAGCCAGGUAUAGAAAGAGAAACCUUUGUAAAGCAGUAUGUUGCUGGUGUUGUCCACGCUGCAGAUAACAAAAAGGGAUGAUUCUCAAAUUUCACAGGCUACCAUUUUGCCAGUAGAACUUUUGAAGCAGCUCUGUGGGUUCCAUUUACACUUCAGUUUGUUUCUGCUUACUCUCCGCAUCUCGAGGGCUCUUUCCUUUUACUUCCGUGCAUCUCACACUUAAGAUUUUUUUUUAUUAUUAUUUUUAUUUUUUUUUUAUCUGUGCUCCUGCAAGUGGCUCUUCCUGGCAGAACUAGAGAAGUAGUACCUAGGGAUUCUCAGCAGUUUUUCCGCUUCUGCUAGGCUAUGGUAGAAGUGUUACAUUGGAAACACAGAUGAAGUGGAAAGAUCACCUUUUCUGAUCCUACCAACCCAGAGUAAUCCUGCUUUACCAGAGGUUGUCCAGUGGAGCUGGUGGGGUAUCACAGCGACCAAUGCGACAAACGCAAGGUCAUAGAAGGUGCCGCCUGUGGUGCUGGGAAGUAUUAAUAGUAUUGCUAACACCAAACAUUCAGAAGUCAUGUGUCGGGCCCCAAAAAUCCUGAGACUGGCUUAGUUAUGUUUUUUUAAAAACAAAAUAAAUUUAAGGUUAUUUUUAUUUGCCUUCUAGUUUUUGAGCCUUCAUCUUGCACCCGAGUCAUGUUUUCAGGCUUUUCUCAGCAACUAUGAGGACAAGCAAUUUUUUUUUUUUAAUUUGCAAGCUGAGAUAUCUAUUUAAUCACUUUUCUCCAGGAACUGAGGCUUUAAAUUAAAACAUCAUAUACAGCUAGAAUCAUGAUAAAAAUCAAAAGCGUUGCCAACUGGAGAGGGGAAUCACGCACAUUUCUCCAUUUAUAAAAUGUAUGAAUUAUAUUUCUGUCCAGAGUGAAUGUAUGUGUUUAUGAUGAGUAAUUAAUGUGUCUAUAUCUUAACUAUUUAAAUAUAGGGACUGAACCAAACAAUUCUAAAUUAUUAAGGUAACCACUGCUUUUUGAAAGUGUGAAUUAGAGAAAUAUAGAAACCUCAUUCAAUGACAGGUUAUACUGUCCAUACUUUAUUCUAUUCAAGACUUUCCCUCUCCCCAUCCCCACAAAGAGAUCAUUAUCCAGUAGUUCCUAUUUAGGAAGGUGGGUAUUUAGAACAUACCAGUAAGCUGCCAACUUAAAUUAGUCAGUUUUUUCAGUCUUCAGUUAGUUAAAAAUCUCAAAUUACUAGCACUUCAAGACAAGUAUUUCUUAAAUUCAAUUAACCUGUAGAGUUGCCAAUUUAGGUUGGACAUAUUCCUGGAGGUUUCGUCACAUGAUAAACUUUAAUUAAAGAUUAAUCUUUAAUUCCUGGAGACUCCGGGACAAUCCUGGAACGUUGGCAAUCCUAUGCUAGAAGCAGUCGGAGCAGCAGAACUGAACUUUCAUCAAAUAUGCAAGUACAUGAAUAUUUCCAUAUAAAACUACACUGAGAAUGUUACAGUGGCAAUAAAUACAACAGCAAGACCAUGAAAAAAGCGUUCCAUGUGCGGGGAUACCAAAAUACAGCACUGUGGACUCAAAAAAAAAAAAAAAAAGUAUAUUCCCUGAUGUAGCCAAAGUGACAUGAAUUAAUUCUCCUUUUUAAACUU